GUUGAUUCUACAACAGAUGAAGAGCAAAAUAAAGGCUUUUUUAGAGCUGCAUAUGUCAUUUCAGGGAUCCUGCUGGUGCCAUUGACUCUCGCGCUGACCAUCUUUAUGUUUUGGCGUGUUUAUCUUAUUAUGCAAAACAAGACCACAAUAGAGUACCAUGAAGGUGUGAGAGUUAUGUGGCUUACUGAAAAAGGAGGUUAUCUGUAUUCACAUCCAUAUGAUCUUGGUACUUAUGAGAAUAUGAUAUCAGUUUUAGGUCCAAAUAUCUUUUGCUGGGUAUGUCCCACCUCAGAGCAGAUUGGUUCUGGCCUUCGUUUCCGCACCAACAAUCUGAUGGUCCUAUAUCAUUUAUUGAUGGCAAUCAAAUUAUGGUGUCCGCAUGCUUUCUUUUUGGAAAUACAGCCAUUAAAAAAGUGUCUUGUGUAGCUCCUCCUUACAUCCACGUUGUUGCAGAAGUAGUCAAAGUUGACUGGACUUCUGAAGCAGUCAGAUGUAAAAUAGGACCCUCCUUCUCAUGCCUUUUUUUUUUUUCUUUUCAAAAGUACCAUCCUCAUACAAUCAUGUACAAAUGACAGAGUUCCAGGCUAACUCACAGCAACUUCAAGUAGAAGAGAUAGGCCAAAAAUUGUAACUUAAAGAUGUUGUAAUGUUGUGACUCU